AUGGGUAACACCGUGGGCGUUGAAUGCUCCUAUAACCACGUCCGGCUGACGAGCAUUCUGGUGAAGGGGAAAAUGAGGACUAACGCUGAGCAGACAAUGAACGGUGGAAUCGGUGCAGACUCGCGUGGAGAGAAUUGCCACUCAACUGAGGACACUCAGCCUCACGUGGGAACGAAAAAACAAAUUAUUUCUCUCAAAACGGUUCAUAAUUGUAUCUCCGGUGAAGGGUCCCAAUUCAAAUCGGAUACACACACUUUGAAUGGAGAGUACCUCCAAAUGCAGAAGGAUAUAUAUGCUUAUAUGCUAACCAUACGACACCUCAUUGUGGGCCCUGUUCACUUGCUUGUACUGUGUCAGGAUAGAGAAAAAAACAAACAUCUCCAAAUUUGGCCGUCAAAAAUGGGUACCCACUUUGAGGAACCAUUCUGUGUGUAUCACCAUUUCGUGGAAGCCCAAUCAGGGGAAGCGUCACAGCAAAGGAAUAACGGGAAAGACCCACUGCUGGAGGAUCAAAUUGCUCAAAUUUAUUUCAUUACCAUAAAGCUGAACAGCUUGGAUGAAGCUCUGAACAAAUGCCCAGAAAAGACAAUCGCAAACAUGGUAAUAAAUCUCACGGGGAAAAGGAGUGCCUACCUUAGGAGAAAAAUUUUUAAAUUAAAAAAAAUGAAGGACCUCUCCUAUCACGAAGAAAUAAAGUGUAUCAACAGCGCACUUUUUUUUUGGGAAAAUAUUAUCCGAACAUUUUAUACAAAUUUGUGCGGGAGGAGAGUACACAUGGGGAAGGUAGCAACAAAACGGAGGGGGAAGAAAAUAAAAAUAGGCUACGAAAACAGUUCCUGA